AUGUCUGGACAAAGCACACCGAGCUCGCCAUUUAUAGCGCAUCCGCACGAUUUGCCGGGCGAUCGCGAUCUGCGGAAACGGCUGGCUACUCUGGAGUACCAGUAUAACCAGCUGAAGGACAGCUACGAGAUAGACAAGGUCAAGAGCCAGGCGAUGGUGAAGAGGCUGGAGAGGGAUCUGGAGCACAGAUCAAGGGAGUACGAGGCCGCUGUGAGCGAUUCGAAGCUGCUGUUCGACGAGAACAACAAGCUGAAGCGUGAACUGAGAGACUUGGCCGGCAAUUUCGAGCAGACGGCCGGCGAGAACAGGUCGCUCAGGACAGAGCUCGAUGCAAAGACGUGCAAGCUGGAUAGACAUCUGGGCGAGUUCCAGGAGAUCGAAAAGCGUCUAGAAGAUGUCAUUGCGCUCAAGGACGUCGAAUUGCGGCACAAGGACUCGGAACUGCUCCGCUUAAGGGAUGCAAUGCGCGAGGAGUUGGCUCUCAAGAGUAGCAGAAUCGAAGAGCUCGUAAACCAGCUGCGCAUCAAGGAUUCACAGAUAGUGGAGCUGCGCGAGCGCAACGUGCACAUGGACGAGACCAAGGCCCGCGAGUUGUACGAGAAAGAGUGCAGCAACCAGUUGGAAUACAUUCGCGAGCUGGAGAAGAGGAAUUUGGAAUUGAGCAACAAAUUGCGUGCGUUGCAGUCAAAACAGGACUAUGUCCAGGUACUGAAGGAGGAAAAGACGACGUUGGCACAGAGAUUGGCCACGUAUGAGGCUCUUGAGACGGAUUAUGAGGACCUGAAACUGAGGUAUGCCGCGAUGGAGCAGAAAAUGGGGGACUGGCCUAUUUCCGACUCUCCUGCCACCAUUCUCAAUAAGUGCUCGGCGUUGGAGUCCACAAACAGCCAGCUUUUGCAGAAGCACGAAAAUCUGCGCAACGAGCUUGCGCGCACUCAGCAGGAGGUGGUCGAUCUGCAAUCGAAGCUGCUGGAGUCGAACGACAGACAAACGGCGCUCAAAACCAAGUUGUCCGAGAAAGACACAGAGAACACGAAGCUUGGCAACAACGUCAAGUUGCUGACGCAGGAGAUCCAGUUCUUGAAAGACAGAAUCGACAACGUGACAGAGGAGAACACGAUGCUGCUGAAAAAUAAAGGCGUGGAAGCAGAGAAUACGCAGAAGUUUGAAGGGCUUGUUGCGCUUCUUGAGUCGUAUAAACAGCAGCUGCAGAGUCUACAGAGCCAGGAGACGGGACAGAAACGGCGCAGAAGCGAGCAGGAACAGCCGAACAUGGCUGCACAACUGGCCGAGGAACUGAAGAGAAAGAUCGACGAAAACAACGACCUGCUGAGAACCAUUGAGGAAAAAAACAAGCGGCUGGUCCAACUGGAGCUGGAGGUGAAGAAGCUGGGCAGCAGCAAUGACAAUGGCUUCCGGGUGCUGGAAUUGCGCGACAAUCCGGCCACGAGACACGAACGUGUGACGAGGAAGAUGCUGGAGAAACUACGAGAGGAGAAUCAGCAGCUGGUCGAUGACAAGCUAGCGACGGACCAAAUGAUCCCCAAAACGGUGUACGAGCGUGUCUGUCUGGAGCAGGACCAGCUACAGGAGGAGAUCAAAUCAUUGAACAAGCGGAUGACCCGGCUACGCGAGAUGUUCAGCUCGAAAGCAGCGCGGUUCAACGAGAUUGUGUUUCUGCUGCUUGGAUACAAAAUCGAGCUUCUCAGUGAGACAAAGCUCAAAAUGUAUCCCAAGUUCAACAGAGACAGUUUCAUACAGGUUGAUCUGAGUCGGCACGGCAGCAAGAAGGGCCAACUUCUGGACGGGGACGGAAUCCGAGUGAAACUUCCGGCCGAGGCGGGAUUCCAAAAAGUCGACGUCAAUAACCUAAUUCGGUUCUGGGUCCUGGAGAAGCAGCAACCGUGCUGCUUUUUCAAUGCGCUGAACCUGGAGCUUUACGACAAGGGCCAGGAGCUGCUCCCGACUUAG